AUGUCUACCGCUGCAAAACUCACGCUUGCAUCAACAGCGCUGGCUACUGUCGGCAUUGUAUUUUUCGUGCACCGGCAACAGAAGUCUGAUCAAGCGGCUAUGCAUGAGGGCGUCAUUCGCGAUAUGGAACAACAGCGCAUCAAACGAGAGCGACAACUAGACUUCGAGAUGCAGCGUCAACUUGAAGAGGAAUAUCGUAAAGUACAACAUGUCAGCGAUGGUCGGAAUAGCUAG